AUACUCGCCCAGCCACAGAAGCGGUUUAUAUCAAUCCAACUGUCAGAUCAUUGUGUAUCGCUGUAAAGUAUUAAUAUGUACCAUAAUGGUAAAUGUCAAUGUAUGUGAUCAUUUAUACUGCAAUUAGCAUUCCUGUACCAAAAACAAUUUGUGCGAACGUGCGUGUCGGGUGAUACAGUUGUCCGAGACGGUUUACCAUUACCAGCCACGAUGGGUCCGAGAUGUAGCAAAAACAGUAAAAAAGGUGCAUAUACCGCCACAGCUACAGAAGAUUUCCACCACGUGGAGCAGAAUUCUACACUUUCUGUAAUUGACCGCUACCUGAAGGCCGAAUUUACGGCGAUGGACACAGACAAAGACGGGAUGCUCACUCCUGACCAGUUUGUGAAACUUCUAAUGUUUCUCGGGUACGGAGGAGGGGAUCAGGGCAAGGCUCUGCUGAAGGCCGUCAACAAAGACGAGAAUUCAGUUAUAACACUAGACGAAUAUUAUGACGCCAUGAAAAGUAACCCAGGAUGUGUUGCAAAAGACAAGUAUGAUGCGGAAUUUAUUCGGACGAUUUGACGACAACAAAGACGGCCAGGCAAGACGGGAACAGAUAGAACAGGGAUUCCGGGAUAUGGGAAUAGAAGUAGACGAGGAAAUGAAAACAGACAUUGCCAGAAUGGAUGAAAAUCAUGAUGGGAAUAUCGCUUAUGAAGAGUUCGUUCAUUCACAACUCAAGAAAAAGGAUUAUGUUACAUCAUAAUGCAUAUGUAAAUUAUGAAUUACAAAUUUUGUAUCAGA